AGUCAUUUAUUGUAGUUUCUGAUCAAGGGAGUCGCACGGCUGACAUGCGAGGACGCGGGGCUCCCGAGGCUGGCAGCCAGCUCCCCAUCUGCAGCUCUCAGGCACGCGGGCUCCGGGCCACCCUAGGCCCCGCAGUGCGGCUCGCAGUGCGGCCUCGCGCGCGCCCGGGGCCGCCGCGCCUCGCGGCGCCCGGUUGCCGUGGGAACCGCAGAGCGCGGCUGCGCCCGCCGUCCUGCCUCUGCCUGAGGGGGCGAGGGACCCUGUGGCCCAGCCAUGGAGCUGCCAGAUCCGGUUCGCCAGCGGCUGGGAAACUUCAGCCGGACCGUGUUCAGCGACUCCACCCGGACCGGGCCGGAAUACAAUGAAGGUCCCGAUAACGAGAUGGUCUCCAGUUUGGCACUGCAGAUGUCACUUUACUUUAACACUUACUUUUUCCCCCUUUGGUGGGUGAGCUGCAUUAUGAUGCUUCAGCUGAAGGUGAGUCUGCGCUUUAGCGUCUGCCGAGGCCCCUUCUGCGCACCCUUGAUGUUGCUACACUGUCCAGAAAUGGAAUGGUCUCAGUAUUUUUUUAAACCCCAGGUUCCUGAGUUGGCUGGCUUUUGGCUUUUGAGCCUUCUGCUGCAGUUGCCUUUAAUUCUUUUCUUGCUUUUUAAUGAAGGCCUAACAAAUCUGCCCUUGGAAAAAGCAAUACAUAUCAUCUUCACCAUCUUCCUUACUUUCCAAGUUGUUUCAGCAUUUCUUACCUUGAGGAAAAUGGUCAAUCAGUUGGCCACUCGUUUCCACCUCCAAGACUUUGACCGGCUCUCUGCAAACAGAGGAGACAUGAGAAGGAUGAGGUCAUGUAUAGAAGAGAUUUGACCCAGUGCUGCUGAAUGAAAAUCUCAAAGUUGAUUCUAGAAGACUGCGAGAGUUAGGAAAACAUCAGAGACCUAGCAUGAGGAAAGGUACAAGGGAAGUGUGUUUACUCUCAAGCUCUGAGUCCCAAGGACAGGGGCAGUGAUAAGGCUGUGCCAUGCAUGAAAGCGGCGUAUGAACACUGAAACUUAGAUGCUGUCCACCUAAUGCCAAAUUUCUUUGUUGUUUGAUGAUGUUGGUCUUUUUGAGUGUGAAAAAUUCUGCGUGGUAGUUGUAAGUUUACCAGUUUUACUGUAACAUUUCCAUUUCAGAUCUGUAACCAGAAAUGUGUACCUUUUAAAUGUGUCAGUUAUCCAUAUCUUGACUGUGUAUCAGACCAUUUUUCUUGAAGUGCAUGGAAAUGCUGGUCAAUAUUAUUGUGCAUCAGACCAUAUUUAUAAACCAAAAAACAAAAUUUUUGUAUUUGCUGUGGUUAACUUCUAACCCUAGUCUUAGAAGGUAUACUGAUGUAAAGAAGAAAACAGAUUAUCAUGGUAUUAAGGAAAUAUUUUUGUCAAAGAAUUAUAACUUUCAUAAAACCAUGUUCAGUAUUUGUGUGGCAGUAUGCAAAAUGUUUUCAUAAUAAAUUAUCAAAUAUUUAUGGUAAGCUAUCAGCAACAAACAAUUCCUGUUUUAUAUAGAUCUUUUGGACUAUGGGUUUAUUAUUUCACACUACAGAAAUGCAGGAGAAGGAAGGGGAAAGAUUUCAGAGAACCUUCUUUGUAAUGAGCACUCUAAUAGGCACAUUAAAUUUAAUUUUGUGUUCUCAUGUACUCAUCAUAUUCACUGAAGAACUACUUCAUAUCCAUUAAAUUAACAUGAAGUUUUAUUUGGAAACCAGUCUGUUUAUAUAUAUAGCAAGAACUAAGAUGGCCAAAGGAACCACACUCUUCAUUUUUUUUUUUUAAGAUUUAUUAUGUAUUUGAAAGGCAGAGUGAAGGAGGAAGAGAUAGAGAGAGAGAGAUUGAUCUUCCAUCCACUGGAUGGAUGUCUCCUCAAAUGGUUUCAAUAGCUAGGGCUGGGGCAGACAAAAAUUAGGAGCCAGGAAUUCCAUCUGGGUUUCCCACAUGGGUGACAAGGGCCUAAGCACAUGGGCCAUCAUCCACUGCCUUCCCAAGUGCGUUAGCAGGAAGCUAGAUCAGAAGCAGAACAGUAAGGACUCAUUCUGGCACUCAUACAGGAUACAGGGGUUAUAAUUGUCCGUUUAACCUGCUAUGCCACAAUAUCUCCAGCAUAUGAUGAUCCAUUUAGGGCAUGUUCUGUUGUUGAUGAGAGAAACCUAGCUAAGGAAAUUUGGUUAAGAACAAAGUAUUUGGCCUGCACCGCAGCUCACUAGGCUAAUCCUCCGCCUUGCGGUGCCGGCAUACCGGGUUCUAGUCCCGGUCGGGGCGCCGGAUUCUGUCCCGGUUGCCCCUCUUCCAGGCCAGCUCUCUGCUGUGGCCAGGGAGUGCAGUGGAGGAUGGCCCAAGUACUUGGGCCCUGCACCCCAUGGGAGACCAGGAGAAGCACCUGGCUCCUGCCAUCGGAUCAGCGUGGUGCGCCGGCCGCAGCGUGCCGGCCGCGGCGGCCAUUGGAGGGUGAACCAACGGCUAAAGGAAGACCUUUCUCUCUCUCUCUCUCUCACUGUCCACUCUGCCUGUCAAAAAAAAAAAAAAAAAAAAAAAAAAAAGAACAAAGUAUUUGGGUAUAUCUGACCAUUAUUUUUAAGUGAUUUGGCCCAUCCUAAAGGAAUAUAAUGACAGCUUUUCUUCUUUCUUAUAGGGAAACCUACCUUUAUAAGUAAUGUAUUUUACUGAGCUGUUAAAAAUUGUUCUCUCCAGUUUUCUUUUUCUGCAAUUCAUGUUCAUCUUAGGAUUUCCAUGUUUUGCCUUAUUCAUUUUAUUGUUAACAUUUUUAAAACUUAUCAAAAGGUAGAACAAUUGGAGCUGGCGCUGUGGCAUAGUGGGUUGAAGCCCUGGCCUGAAGUGCUGGAAUCCCAUCUGGGCACGAGUUCUAGUCGUGGCCGCUCCUCUUCCUAUCCAGCCCUCUGCUGUGGCCUGGGAAAGCAGUAGAAGAUGGUCCAAGUCCUUGGGCCCCUGCACCCAUGUGAGAGACCCUGAAGAAGCUCCUGGCUUUGGAUCGGUGUAGCUCCGGCCCUUGUGGCCACCUGGGGAGGCCUCUCUCUCUCUGUCUUUCAAAUAAAUAAAAUAAAUCCAAAAAAAAAAAAAAAA